AUAGACGAUGUCCUAAUCGUUUGCUGUGAAUACGCAGAAUCACCAAACACGGAAAUGUGCUAACUCUGCAUUAUGUUUUGUUAUCGUCGUUGAAUGCAGAUACACGAAACAUUGUGAUGACUAACUGUCAAGAAUUUGUACAUUCGCUCUUUGUAUCGAGUUGAAAAAAUUUAAAUGGUUGAAAAAUCAUCGCUCAGCUAUGAAACAAAUUUUUAUUGUUGAACCUACAUCUAUAUAACAGCUGAUAAAAGCCAAUAAUUUUCGUGGAUAUGUCAUUAGCAGUUGUUCAAUAAAUUGUAGAAGAUGAACUUUUUGAUCAGCCUUUUCUUCAUAACAGUUAUGUUUUUCAAAAUGGUGGAGUCAGACAUAACUAAAGCUUACAUGGAGUAUUUCAAUGCGCAAAACGAUAAAGUAGAAAAACCGAAGAAAAAAUGUACCUGUGAUUCAGGCAAAACUAAGCAAGGCUUAAGCGCAAGGGUCGGCAUAGACAACUGUGUCGAAAUCACUCUGUAUACAAAGAGUAACGUGGAAGGAGUUAUCAUCAGUGAGGAACUCACGGAGGGCUUCGACCCAGAUAAGAAGACUGUAUUACUGAUCCAUGGUUGGGCAUCUACAGGGCAUCAUCAUUAUGUUCAAAUUGCAAGAACGUUUGCAGAGAAAAAGGAUAUGAAUGCUUUAGUAGUCGGGUGGCACAGCCUUGCUUAUAAUUGUUACUAUGCAGCCGCUUCUGCCACUCAUUGUAUAGGAAAAUAUAUUGCAACGGUGAUGGUACAAAUUGUGGACACUUUAGGAGCUGACCCAGAUGACUUCCAUAUAAUUGGUCACAGUUUGGGAGCCCAUAUUGCUGGGUAUGCUGGGGAUUUUUUCAAGGACAUGCAUAGGGAAAGAAUUGGAAGAAUAACAGGUUUGGAUCCUGCGAAACCUUACUUUACAGUAGUAUCAUUUUUGAAAGCUUUGAUAAAAGGCGAUGCGGAGUUCGUGGUAGUGGUGCAUAGCUGUAUUGACAAUGUUCUUGGAACAGACAGAGUAUUGGGGGAUGUUGACAUUUUUGUGAAUGGAGGAUCUUGUUCUAGCCAUCCACAAUGCGAAGGACGAGGACUUAUUGGAACACCAACUUGUGCCCACUACGUCCCCGUAGCCUUAAUAGAAUAUUCUAUCAACAAUGGACCGCUGAAAAUGAAAAAUUGCGGAACCAACGAAGCCUAUGAGGAGUGCACCGGAGACGAAUCUCAGUUUAGCUACGAUCAACCAAAAGAUGGUACUGCAGGACUGUAUUACUUAAAAAUGGAUGCAAGCGUUAAGUUGAAUGGGUUGGACUAGUUUACUUAUUUUAGAAUAUCCAAAUAAUAAUGUUAUUUGAUUUCGAGUGUAAAUUAAUAUAAUAUACUCGUAGUUAUAGAUAAUGUUAUGGCAAAAUCAUACUAUAGGGCCAGUCAAGUCACUCCGGCUAAUUCUGUAAGACAAGUGGAUUUAUGUGUUAUAGUUAGAUUAUUGCUUCCUAAUCAUGUGACGGAUUCAAAGCAAAUCAGAUUCAUUAUGCAGAACUUAAGAUUUAUUGACUGAAAAAGUAUACACUGUGAACGGUUACGAAAGCUAACUUCAUAAUCUUUAUUUAGUACAAGGUGCCAUCUUGAUCCGUGGAAUCAGCUCUAAUUUCAUCCGGAAAUCUUGUAAUAACUGCUGUAUAGAUUGUAAAUAUCAGACAAAGCUUAACCUAUUUUGGCUUUAACUACCUCAAUUUCCCUGAAGUAUUCCUGCAUAGCUUAUUUAGAAUUUUCGGUUCAAUAUCUCCUGUUGUUUUCAUUUUCGCUCAUCACUGUUGCUUCGUGAUGUCAUGUGUCACUUCCUUGAUCCAAAAGUGUAGUGCUGUUCCGCCUGAUUUGAUGUCCGGAAGCCUUGGGUUCCGUGGCCGAACUCCCAGAAACUUCACUCUUUGGUCGUAGCUCCAUGCAACUUUGCGAAUUUAGUCAGAAAGGGAGUCAAAUCGAUUGAUCUCGUUAUGUUUUUAUCCUACGGGGAUGUUGGUCGUAGGUGGUUUCCCCAAAUCUUCGACGCAGCCUAGCCGAAAUUCUCUUGGCCACACUUCAAGGAAGGUAAGCCGACUCGUAUUAUCAUUGAACCCGGUUCCAUAUUGUAUUUUUGUUUAAGGCCUUUUUCACCUUUUUACUUUUUGCUGUUUUUAUUCCUGACCUUUCACUGAGCCUGCGUACGCCCGGAAACUAUCCAUUUGAAAAGUUCAUAUUUUGUUCAAACGCUAACUUCAAGAACCCCUGAGGAAGGGGUGAUGUGAAGACGGCGUCUUCAUCCACCAUGUUCCGGUAACCUUCAUCGAAUCGCAGCCAGAGCAGCCCACUUCACUUAUUACAAAGAUCUAAUAUUACGUAUUACAACUUAGGUAAUCCUGUGGUAUGCAUACCCCCGGAAACUUUUGAUUAGUCAUUGAUGUUGUUUCACACAUUGAAAAUUUACUGAGUAUACUGUUAUAAUUUUUCCAGCCACCUAUAGGUUUUAUAUUUACAACUUUCAGGUUAUAAUCAUUAAUAUAUCAUAUACUAGGCGAAAAAUCCUUAUAUGCCACGACAUAAUCCACGUGAUCUUGUAAGAUGAAACAUUAGAGUAAAUGCAGGUAAUUUGGAAUACCAGUUUGUAAAACAAUCAUACUCACCACGGGUUGAGAGCAACAAGAGUGAAAACCACACUUACAGUAACUGAAACUAGUGUAUUAAUAGCAUAAAAAUAAACAACAGUCUUAUUCUUCUAUAAAUGGCAUAAACUUUGGUUUAUAUAUAAAAUCACUGAAAGGCACCAAAUACCUAAUAUGAAUAUAAUUUGGAAUAUGGUAUUCCAAAUUAUGUUCACUUUUAAAUAAUAGACUUUUAACUUAAAGUUCAGUUCUGAAAUCUAGAUAAGUCUUACUUAAACUAACUAAGACUAUACAGGGUGUUCCAUAAUUAUUGCGACAAAAUGAUAGGGGUUGUAGAGGGCAUAAAAAUAUGCAAUUUUGCCUUAUAAACCCCUGUUCGUAAAUAUGCCGUUUGAGCACUACCGCUAAUUUUACCUUAAGAGCUCAUAGGAGAAACAAAAAAUUCACCAGCUGCAAAAUGUUCGUCUAGCACAUUUCAUGGUCUCGCCGGUUUGUAAAAAAAAGCCUGCUGUGUUUACAUUUUUGUUAUCGUAAAUUCUCCACACCGAUUCAUUUAAUUUAUAUGAGUGGUGCGUCAAACUAUGUAGAUAGUAAAUAACAGUACCUUAGUGUUAAAAUGCAGCGUUAUUCGUAUGCGGAACUUGCGGAUAUGCAUUUAAUUUACGAAGAAGCUGGUGGUAACGAAAGACGAGCCUCGCGAAUCUACGCCCAACGGUUUCCAGAACGUCCUCAUCCGCAUCACGCCAUUUUUGCAAGGAUUCAUGGAGUUGAGGCAACCAAACUUUGGUCGCUACGUUUUGUUCACUGACGAGUCUUGUUUUACAAAGGACGGUUAUUUUAAUAGCCGUAACAGUCACAUUUGGGAUGAAGAAAACCCUCAUGGCAUAGCCAUCCAGACCAGAGACCAACAUCAGUUUUCAAUUAACAUCUGGUGCGGCAUUGUGGACGAGCAUAUCAUCGGGCCAUAUUUGCUUCCACCACGUUUGGAUGGGCAUGCUUAUGGUCGAUUCUUACAGCAUGUGCUACUGGAACUAUUAGAAAAUGUGCCACUGAACAUAAGAGCCAACAUGUGGUUUCAACACGAUGGCGCUCCAGCCCACUUUUCUUUACAAGUGCGGCAGUAUUUGGACGACAAAUUUCCAAAUAGGUGGAUAGGUCCUGUGCCUUGGCCUGCGCGGUCACCCGACCUGACCCCACUGGAUUAUUUUCUCUGGGGCCAUCUGAAAGCUUUAGUGUACGAAACUCCUGUUCCCAACCAACAAGAGCUACUGGGAAGAGUGAUGGCCGCGUCCGCACAUGUUCAGGACAUACCGGGGGUAUGCCACAGAGUUCGCCGAUCAUUGAACAAUCGUGCACAGCUGUGUAUUGAGCAAGGUGGAGGACACUUUGAGCAAUUACUGUAGGUAAGCUGUUUCAAGAAACUGAUCUUUUUUUUUUGUUGCAGCCCAAACGGCAUGUUUCCGAACAGGGGUUUAUAAGGCAAAAUUGUUCAUUUUGAUGCCCUCUACAACACCUAUCAUUUUGUCGCAAUAAUUAUGGAACACCCUGUAUAUAGACUUUUCUAUUCUUUGCAAAAAUCGCACACAUAGUAGCCGUGGUCAUAGCCAGCGCAUUCGCUAUGCACCCAUCCUUCGCACAUGAGACAUUGGACCCAUUCCUCUCAACUUCGAUCAUCUGCAUAUUUUCCAUCACAAAAGAAACUAGUGCAAUCAUCUUCUGUUGGUUGUUUCACCUGAUCUUCCUUGGGUAAUUCCUCUUCUGACUCGUCCGACUUGAAUGUAGCAUCACUAUCAGAGUCCGUAAACUCUUCUUGUAAUAUCAUUCUUUUAGCAGCAGUCUUACCCUUACGUUUCUCUUUUUCAUCAAUUUCUUUACCUUUUCUCUUUUCCUUUUCUUUUUCUUGCUCUUUACCUUUAUUUACUCCUUUUCCCUUGCCCUUGCUGUUCUCUUUGCCCUUUCCUUGAACUACAUGUUUAUCCUGAUCUUCAUUUUUAGUGAGUUUUUUCUGCCUUUCAAUCCUUCUCUUUCUGCUUCCUCCAGUUCGUUUUUAUAAGGUGAAUUUGAAAUAAUUUCAGAUUUUCCCGAUUUGCGACCUCUAUUAGAUGUGCGUUUCCUAGUUGUGGGAAUAGGCGAAAUAUCAAACGGUGUGGUAACGGAGCCACUAUGAGAAGGGCCUGGGCGGUUUUCUUUUUCCUGUUCUAAUAACGCUGAAGUAUUCGGUUGUUCUUUGUAAUUUAUUGAAGUAUCACAAGGGCUUCCAGGCUGAAUAAUGGACGGUGACAGAUUUGUGAUUUCAAUUCUGUCCUCUUGACAGUUUGCGCUGAGAUGACAUGCUUCUGUUAUCGAUGGAGGUUCAUCUGGCAGUUCACUGAUGUUUGAUUGAUCUUGUUUUACAUCAUGAGCUACUGCGACAUAGUCUGAAUCUGUGAAGACGUAUCUAUUAAAUGGAUAAAUUCCCCCGAUACUGAAGCCUCUAGCUGAAUUUCUCCAGUCUGGCAUUUACGAUAUGCUUUACCAAAUAACUCUACAAUAUCAUAAGCUGUAAGGGGUCUAUUAUUUUCGCGCAACCACACCCGAAUUUCCUCGCUAUAAUAGGUCUUAAGGGGACCCAUGAAGGACUUAUCCAUGGGCUGAAUUUUAUGUGUGCAGUGUGGUGGCAGUGAAACCAAGGUUACGUGAUUUUGUCUCGCUUUAUCUAUGAGCUCCAGGUUUUUUGUAUGACUAAAGUGACCAUCGAACAAGAGAAGAACUGGUGCCGCAGCAGAUGGUUUCACAUAGUCAAUAAAAUGCUGGAACCAUUGCGUGAACAAAUAUGUCUGUAUCCAACCAGAUGGAUGUGCCCGUCCAAUCGAUCCCACAGGUGCGCUAAGUUGGUACGCUAUUCUUCUCAUAUCCAUUUGAGUCAAACCAUAUAAUUUAUCUUCCAUUAUAAGGGCGUAAUUUACUAGCAUGUCCUCAAACGCUUUAUCAAAGAGUGGUUUGCGACCAAUCUUUUUUGAAAGAAGUUCUGGCAUUGAAAGUUCUGUUUGAUUUGUAAGCCGAAAUACAGUAGUUCUCGGUACGUUAUAAGUCUUCGCUGCCUUCAAAUACCCCAUCUUUUUUUCUCGAACCGCUUGUACUGCAGCAGCCAUAUCUUCUUCAGACCACUUCUUUCGUUUUUUGUAUCUGUUAGUGGAAGAGGGCAUUGCUAAAACAAAAAACAAUCAAUUAUAAAGAAGCCACAAAGCAGAAAAUACGAAAAAGAAACGUAUGUGCGCUAAAUGUGCAUAUAAUUCGGAAUAUUCCAAAUUCACUCCACCUGCCGUAUACCAAAUUAACAACAAACCUUACCUAACCUUAAAAUGUUGUGAUAUAUUUAUAUCUACAAUUUGUAGCAAAAUAAGUAUUAAUUUCAAUAAUUAAUAUACUAAACUGUGUAUUUGUAUCAGUGUAAACAUCUGAAUAUGCUUAAAAGUUGAGAUGCGAAUGGAUUACUUAUUUAAAAAAAUUCACAAACAGUACUUCCACUUGCACGAUAAUUGCCACGACACUAACAACACAGCGCCCUCUAAGCCACGGCUUAUUCGUUGACUGCUAUGUAGACUAUCUGAUACCGAUGUUUCUUAAAAGAUGUCGCUGCUAAUAACUUAGUUUCUCCAGUAUUCCAAAUUACCAACAGUAUUCCAAAUUACCUGCAUUUACUCUAUGUUAUGGGGGUAGAUUUCUAAAACCGUAAUAAUCAUAAGUUGAAAUUGGCGUCAAAAACGCGUUUGAUCGAAAAUCUCGAAAACUAUCAAGCCUAUGUAAAAAGUAAUAGAAACAAGUUUGUAACAACUUUAAAUUCCAAAUUCUAAAUAGUGAACAGAUUACGAUAAGUUUGAGGGUAGAGGUGCAUGUAUGUUAUGUCAGGCAGCAGCGGUGGCCGCAGUAGUAGACUGUUCGGUCUCCUGAUCAGUCGCCGUGCGCUGUGCGGGUUCGAGUCCCGUCCCAGGAGAAAUUUUUCUCUUGGCUAUGGAUGUUGUGAUUGUCCGUAGGUGGUAGAUGGUCUCUGACUGUCGAACGCGGAGGUACCACCCGGCGGUUCUCGUAGGCGGAGCCAGAAUGUGUGCAUGUUGCAUGCACACGUGUUCCCUCGCCAGAGUCUGUGUGGCGUCCCCCCUUUCCCAUGUAUCCCCCAUAGCCCCACGGUACCCAAUGGGUGCUUAGGCCUUAGGCCUUCGUGGUAGUUGGAAUAUAAAAAAAAAGUAGUAGUAGAAAGAUUUAUUUAGCACAUUUGGCCACGUGAACAGAAUAAUUGUAAACAACUUAGAACUAGUAAAUUCAAGCCAUAUGAUGUAUGAUGUAAAUGCUGGGCAACCUAUAAUUGUAGAUUUAACAAGUGAUUUUUCAAUUUUACUUUAAAUUUUGUCAAAGUUUUCUGAUCUUUUAUCUCUGAGUAUAUACGUAAUUUAUAAUUUUCAAUCCUUGAUGGAAUACAGAUUUGUAGCAUAUGUUAUACUUUUUGGUCAUUAAAUGGAAGUCAUCUUUAUUUCCGAUAUUAUGUAAAUGAUGGCCGACAUUUGAUGAUGUUAAAUUAGUUAGAUUUGAUGGAAAUAUAUUAUUUUUUACUUUAUAAAUGAAUAUCAUUACAAGAUAUUUGAUAAAAAAUUUUACAUUGAGGCAUUUGAAUUUGCUAAGCAUUUGACUAAUUCGAGUAUAUUUAUCUUUAUUCAGUAUUAUUCUCAUGAACUUAUUUUGUAAAAUUUGCAGACUUUCAAAAAUGGAAUUAUUUGCUAAAUAUAGAAUAGUCGGACAGUACAAGAAAUUUGGAAGAAUGAUGGUAUUACAGAUAAUUUUUCUGCUAUAUGAACUCAGACAUCCAGAAACUCUCGAUAAAUAUCCCACUUAACUAGUAAUUUAUCUAUAACUUUUUCAUAAUGAAUAUCAAAAAUUAAUCGAGAUUCAACAAAAACCCCCAGGUAUUUAAAAUUUUCUACGAACUCAAUAUCUUCACCAUCAAUAUUCAGCUGAACAUUUGUACAUUGUUUUUUUCCGAUUAACAAGGCUUUCGUUUUACUUGUAUGUAAUUUUAGUCUGUUAGAUGCUAACCAUUUUGAGACAAGCUUAAAGUCUUCAUUUGUAUAAGAGCUACCAGUCUGAAUAUUUUUAGUACUUAUAUAAAUCAUAGUGUCAUCGCCGAAAAUCUGAAUUUUGCAUUUUUUUACUAAGGCAGGUAAAUAUGAUUUAUGUAUAAAAUAAAAAGAAGUGGUCCCAGGAUACUGCCCUGUGGAACACCCAACGUAUUUUCAAUUUUUGAUGAAAUAGUGUCAUUAACUUUUGUAACUUGCAUCCUUUUAGACAAAUAAUUUCUAAACCAAUCUAAAACACUUCCUGAUAUACCAUAUGCCUUCAAUUUACCUAACAAAAUAUCUCUAUCAAUCGUUUCAAAUGCCCUCUUUAAAUCCAAAAAUACUGCUAUGACAACUUCUUCUGAGUCUAUGGCUCUUCUCCAAUUCUCAGUUACCAACUGGAAAGCCGUUUCUGUGGAAUAUUUUUUUUGAAAGUCUGCUUGCGCAUCCACUAAAAUUUUGUUUUCUUCUAUAAACUGCAUUAAUUGGUCAUGCACUAUGGACUCUAAUAAUUUUUCAAUGUCUGGUAACACAUUUACUGGUCUCAUAUCGCUAGAUCUUUUAGAAUUCUUUAUUUUGGGAACUGGUGUUAUUGUAGAGCAUUUCAAAUUUUCAGGAAAAGAACUGCUUCUCAGAGAACAAUUGAUCCAAUUUGAUCCAAUUUAAUACAGGAUAUCCCAAAAUUUCGGCACAGUUGUUAUUUGAUUUUAAACUGUUUACUUUUUUCUUAGAUAAUUAAAUGAUACGCUUUGAAAUUUUGAAAGUGUAUGCAACAUUUCCCCCUGGAAACUGAUUUUCAUAUAGUCAGGUGCAGCAUUGGCAGUACCCACAAUAUCAACAAUACUUUCCACAAAAUAUUUAUUUGGUUUGUUUGCAAUCACGAAAGAAUUUGUUUCGCUACCGUUUUCGAAUUGAACUUGAUUCACACAAUCAUGCGGCUUCGAAUUGAUCCGUCUCUUGAAAGUCUUCCACAUCUUUACACUGUCGCACUUGUUAUUAUCGAUUAGUUUAUCGUGGAAUUUCCUCUUUUCUUCUCUAAUUACAUACACACAUUUAUUCCUAAGAGUUUUAUAUACCUCCCAAUCAUCAUUUGACUUUGUGAAUAUACAUUUAUUGUAUUGUUUGUCUCUCAAAUUUUGAGCAGCGUUAAUAUUUUUGUUAUAUCAGGGUGUAUUUUUUGUCGAGCAAAUCACUUUUUUAUCAGUUGCAAGAUCUAAACAAGUUUUUAUAUUUUUUUCCAUAUUCUCACCAAAAUUCCAAUAGCAGCCAGCAAGUUCUCGUUCAAGUUUUUCGUACUUAAUAGUAUUUACGAUUUUCUUAAUUUUUGUAUCAGAAAAAUGCGCUACCAAGGGCAGCAUUGUCCAACUGUGAUCACUAACUUUAGGUGUAUGUACAGCUUUAAUCCCUGCACAUUCGAAAUUAACAAUAACAAGAUCUAACAAAGUUUCUGGAAAUGAUGUUAUUCUGGUACUCUCUUCAACUUUUGCUUGAACCCAUAGUUAUUUAUGGUUUCUUUCAAUUUUCUUGUUUUCAUGCUUUUACCAUAAUAAUUUAAAUUAAAAUCACCUAAAAGUAUUAUAAUGUUUCUAAAAUUCCACAUUUCUUCGCAUUUCUUUUCAAAAAACGUUAAAAAUGUAUCCGCAUCAGUGUUUGGUGAACGUUUCCCAAAUAAUUUGAACUGUAUAUGUGCAUACCAGUAUGCAUAGUCUAAAGUGGUACAAUCGAAUAAUUUGAUCUGUAUUUUGAGGUAAACAUAAAUCACUACACCUCCAGUAUGGCUGGAGUUGGAGUUGCAUCUGUAGGUUUUAUAAUUAGUAAUUUGUAAUUCACCAUCAGUGAUGUCUUCUGUGUUUCGGUAAGACAUAAUACACGCUCAAUUUUCCUUUUAUAUACUUCACAAUUUUUGUCAAAUGGUCCAUGAUUAAUAGGUAAUCCUAGAUUAAAAUCCUGGUUUGCACUUUUACAAUUUGUACAUUUCACUGGUACUACAGUUUUCUGUUGAAUGUCCUUCUAAUCCACAAGUAAUACAUCUCCUGAUUUUGUGCAGUAUUUAGCUGUGUGGUUAAAUCCGGUACAUUCAUAGCAUCGCAAAACAUUGAUGUACUCGAAAACAGAGCAAACAGACAUGUCGAUAAAAAUAACACCCUGAUUCAAACACACUUAAAAGUCACAGUAUCCACUUCUAAAAUUUCUUGAUAUUUAGUUUUCAUUUUCUUGACUGUAAUUACUCUCAUAUGUGAAUUUUCUUGAAAAGAUUCAUUUUGUGAUUUUAUAGUAUUUAUCUUCUGCAUAUUCUUGACAAAAUCCAAUAACUUUGAUUUGUGAUUGUUUACUUAUCGCUGAAGUUUUCACUGUAUAUGUUUCUGGCAUUUUUGAUUUUAUUUCUUUAUGUAGCUUCUCGAUAUCAUCUUUUGUUUUACAUUGGAUUUUCACCCCACCACCCUUCAAUUCAUAAACUUUUUCAGUAGCAAUUUUCAAACUGGUAGGAUUCACAUAUAUAUUUCAUAUAUAUUUUGUUAAUCUUCCCGGUGAUCCUUGGUUGAUAUUUUUAUGUGUGGUCUUUACCAAUAUUUCGUGUCUGUGUUGGAGCGAAUAAAAAGAGCAAGUGUAGUAGUUAAUAUUGCUAUUUAUAUCUAUGUUCGCCUAUAAUUCCUAAACUAACAGACUAAGCGUAUAAAGACUACCAUCCUUUUUUGUAGAGAAUAAUAUUUUCUAUAAAAAGGCCCUCUACGUUAUUUCGACGCCUUGAUCGUUCUUCAGGUAUUAGGAGCGAAAAUAAAAAGUUCAGCAUCAAUAAAGUCGUGCAGCAUACUUCGCACUGUUGUCAACAUGUUGUCACAUGGGGAAUAACUCCAUAAGUCAUUAUAUAUUAUAAGGAAUAGAUUUUGUUUGGGUAUUGCCCAACAAAAUCGUUUCUAUUAUUUUUUAGUAUCGACGGUUUUCAAGAUUUUCAAUUAAAUGCGCUUAUCAAAAUUGCGGCAAAUGCUACUUAUCAUUGGGAAGCAACAGUCUAACAAUACCACCAAAAAAAUUCAUACUGAAGCAGCGACGGAGCAGCGGAACAUCUCUGACCUGCCCUAAAAGUACCUCUAUUCACCUUAAGUUUAUUUAAAUAAGCCAUAUUCGGAGAAAAUUCGAAACAGUUCUAUCUCUACAACGAAAAAAUAAGAUGGAUAUGACAAGUACAAGUUUAGUGGAGCAAACUUAUUAAUACGCCUGUCUGGAACUUGAAACAAAAAAUGCGAUUCUUGCACUAAUACGGUAGUACACCAACUCAAGGCUCACUCUGUCAUCAUAAUAACUCAAUGACAUUCUUUGUGACAAAAUUUAGAACAUAAAAGGUAAAGUUUUUAUCUGAAAUUAAUCUUAUUAUGAAUGUGAAACGAUCCAUCAGAACGUUUAUCUGUGGUACAAGUUUUCUGUUGAAAUCAGAGUAAAGUGUUUUUCUACUUUUAUGUAGUUGGUAAUAAAGGUAAAUACAAAGGA